AUGCCAAGCAUCAUGUCAUGGGAUGCUGACAUCUAUACAGAAAACAUGAUCCGUUACACAGGCAGCCCGGACAGCCUCCGUUCCCGCACACCCAUGAUCACCCCUGACCUUGAAAGCGGUGUCAAGAUGUGGCAUUUGGUGAAGAACCAUGAACAUGGUGACCAAAAAGAGGGUGAUCGGGGCAGCAAGAUGGUUUCUGAGAUCUACCUUACAAGACUACUUGCCACCAAGGGCACCCUCCAGAAAUUUGUAGAUGACCUCUUUGAGACCAUCUUCAGCACUGCUCACCGUGGCAGUGCGCUUCCCCUGGCUAUCAAAUACAUGUUCGACUUCCUGGAUGAGCAGGCUGACAAGCACAACAUCCAUGACCCUCAUGUGCGGCACACUUGGAAGAGCAAUUGCCUGCCGUUACGGUUCUGGGUUAACAUGAUCAAGAACCCACAGUUUGUCUUCGACAUCCACAAGAACAGCAUCACGGAUGCCUGCCUCUCUGUAGUGGCUCAGACUUUCAUGGACUCCUGUUCGACCUCAGAGCACCGGCUGGGCAAAGAUUCACCCUCCAACAAGCUUCUCUACGCCAAGGACAUCCCCAGCUACAAGAACUGGGUGGAAAGGUACUAUUCAGACAUUGCCAAAAUGCCAGCAAUCAGUGACCAGGACAUGAAUGCGUACUUGGCCGAGCAGUCUCGCAUGCAUAUGAACGAGUUCAACACUAUGAGUGCGCUCUCAGAGAUAUACUCCUACGUUGGCAAGUACAGCGAGGAGAUUCUCGGAGCCCUUGAUCAAGACGAUCAGGCUGGGAAACAAAAACUUGCCUACAAACUUGAACAAGUCAUAACCCUCAUGAGCAUAGACAGCUGA